CAGUCUCUAGGAAGGUAUUAGUGUUAAAGACUCUACAACUAUAUAUUUAAACCUCUCUUACUUGGAUCAACUCACAACCACUCUCUUUUAUUCUUAGCUUUCCUUUCCAGUUCAUACUUCAUCCUAUUAUUACUUUCCCUCUUUGCAUUCCAAAUGGCCACUGUUGAGGUUGCACAGCAAACACCAACAACUGUGACAGAGAAUGAAACAACGACUGAGGUAACCAAGAUUGAGGAAACUACCCCAGAACAGCCAGCCACCGAGGUUACUGCCCCAGAAACAGUCAACGAAGAAGCAAAAGAGGAAGCAGCAGUUGAGACUAAUGAGGCAACAGAAGUUACAGAGGAAGGGAAGGCUGAGAAAACAGAAGAAGAAGAAGAAGUGAAAGAGGAGACUAAAGAAACCGAAUCAGCACCAGUGGAGGAAGAGAAGCAGGAGGAGAACAAACCAGCUGAAACCGUAGAGGAACCCAAAACAGAACAAGUUUCUGUCGAGAAGACUGAAGUUUAAGCCCAUUGAUAUAUGUUAUUGUGAGUGGGAAAAAAGAGGUUCUUGCAUUUUUAUUUUAUAUAUUAUUAAUGUUGUUAUUGUAAUGGUAAGUCUUUGGGUAUGGCUUUACGAUUUAUGAAGGAUAUAUAUAAGCACCACUCAGUAUGCAUGCCAAGCGGAGGAUACGAGAAUUCUAUGGGUUAUGUUAUGCAUUGAGGUGGACUAUAGUUGCUCUAGUUUGGGGAUGAAAAUUACUUUGCUCAUUUGCCUGUUCCUCUUGGUUUGAAUAAAUUAUAUUUACUUUUGUUAUUAUUUUCUUA